AUGGCCUCCGAUGAGGAUUUCAGCUUGAUGGAACCCAGUAGACUGGCAGCUUCACAACCGCGGGCCCUAUUGGUCCAGGGUGCACAAGGGAUCACUUUGCACCUGGAUGGCAGCGCGGCGGUGGCGGCUGGCGUCCAUCGGGGCGGGGUAAUGCCGCCGCUUGAGCUCCAGUGCAGCCACUCGCCGACGUCGUACGGUGCCGCGGCGGCGGCGGCGACGACGCCAUCGCCGCUUGUUUUGCAGCUCCAGCAUUCUGCCGCCGCCGCCGGCGGCAGCGGCAGUGGUGACGGACCCUCUCGACCUUCUGGAGUUCUGAUGCAGCAAAUCCUUCAUAUUCAGCAGCAACAGCAGAGGCAGCAACAACAACAACAGCACUACAUGGGGCCCAGCAUGAGCAGCGGCAGCGGUGGGCAGGCCACGUUGGUUGCGAGCCAAUCCCAGCAACAGUACCAGCUACAAACGUCGCCAGGCGCCGGCGCUAGGGGUACUGUCGCUGCAGCGGCAGCGUCGCCGCCACAGCCGGCGGCCGCCGCGAGUGCGGGCGGCGGCGGCGCAGGCGUCGCUGGCGAGGACGACGACGACGCUACAACACGGUCGUUGGUGCUCACUGCCGUACAGCUGACGUCGACGCUGCCCGAGUACCAACUGGGUCCGGCGGCGGAGCAGCUCAGGAGCCUGCCGGCGUUUUUCGAUCGGCUGGAGCUCCUGGCGGCGAGGCCGGGGGGGGCGGCGGCGGGGGAGGACGGCUCCGGCGCAGCCGCGGCGGCGGCGGCGGCCAUGCACCAUGCCGACAUCCUGCAAAGAUCAAUAAGGUCUCUGCGGGAUGUGCAGCUAGCGCAGAACCUUGGGGCGCUGGCGGCCAUGGCGCCAGACCAGUUGCGGGAGCUGUUGCGGGUGCAGAACGUCGACGUGCGGGAGGUCAUAGCGAAGCUCACCGCUCACAUCGAUCCGGAAAAGGCCAAGCAGCAAUUUGGCGGGAACUACUGGUACGGAAGCCGCCAGUCGUACAAUCAAUAUGUUCGCGGAUGCGCGGAGGCGGCUAUUCGGGAGCACCAAUUGUUUGUGCGCCAGAAGCAGCAGCAACAGCAGCUAAAGCCGUCUUCGUCAUCCAUGGCAGCAGCGGCUGCAGCAGCAGCAGCACACUGUUCUGGCCGGUUUAACGACGCCGAAAUGGCCAACGUGGAUGGCAUCGGUGGCGGCGGCGGCGGCGGCGGCAGGAUUGCUGAGGUGUACGUCAAGCCAACGUCAUCGGCAGCGGACUCGCACAGGGCUUCAGACGGCGGCGGCUGCGCCGCCGCCGCUGCCUCCAAUGGCGGCCCGGCUGCUGGUAUGGAUGCCGCCGGCAGCGGUGGCGGCACGGUGGCGGCGGCUCUUCCGGCGGCGACCCCAAACGCUGCCACUGCUGCGGCAGCCGCUGCGGCGCUGCUGCUACAGCAGCAGUUGCGUGCGGCAGGAUUUGAUCCGGCGACGGCAGCCGCACUGGCUGUUCGAGCUGCCGCCGCGUCUGGGGCCGGGCCGGGGCCAGGUUCAGCGGCGGCGCAGGCGCUCCUAGCGCAAGGUGCUCAGCUACUGGCCGGGGCGGGUACGGGCGGGGCGACGGCAGCGGCAGCGUUGGCGGCAGCUGGAUUUCCGCUUGGAGCUGGUGGUACCGUACUGCUUGACCCUAGUGCGACCGCCGCCGCUGCGGCAGCAGCAACCGCGUCGCAGCACGGCGGCGGCGCCGCUCAGGCGACGGGGCGCGGGCGUGGCCGCGGGCGAGGACGGGGUCGCGGCGGCGGCGCCGCUGCUGCUGCUCCUGCGGCUGCUGCUGCUGCUGCUGCUGCUUCACCUUCACCUCCUGUGGGUGGCGCGGCUGGCGGCAGCGGCGGCUGGACAGCUCCGGAACCUAGGAAUACUCAGUACCAGAGCCCGAGACCCAUAUCAUUAAAUUUCGCUAGGAACCCAUUCGACCCCUACAAGUCAAGUUUGAAGUACACUGAGCUGAACGCCGACAGCGUUUCGGGCGCCAUUGGUGGUGCGGGCGCCCCCCCCGACCCCCGAUUCGAGCAGCUACCGCUGCGGCGGCAGGAGCCCUUCCUGCGCAACAACUCGCUGUGCAGCGUGUGUCACAAGACGUACCAUGAGGAGCUCUCCCCCCUGUGCCUCUGCGACUACUGCCCCAGGGCCUACCACCUGACGUGUCUGGAGAUGGAGUACGAGGAGCUACGGUUGCUGGACUGGGCUUGCCCGAGAUGUGCCGAGCGAUUAGAGCUUUCCGGGACCAACGGAGGCGCUGCCGGGGCGUUGUGUGUCCCGCCGCCGCAAUCGGCGCUGGGCCUAAGCGGCGCCGCGGCCGCCGGCGGCGGCGGCGCCGCCGCCGCUGGCGGUGCUGGCCUAGGCGCGGAGGCCCUCGGCGCCCUUCGUCGCAACAUGCGGUGGGCUGACCCCGCAGACAAGGCGGCUUACCUGGCUGCUCGGGCGGCGCAACGGGCGGCGGAGCGGGAGGAACGGGAGCGGCUACGGGCUGAGGCACGGGCGGAGAGGGAGCGCGAGCGGCUGCGUUGGCGGGCUCGCGGUCUCGACGACCUGGAUGUGGUGGACGAUGAUUUAGAGGAGGCGGCUCGUCUGGAAGUGCUUAUUGAGGAGCUCACAGAAAAAGCUGCCCUGCAACAGCAGCAACAGCACCUUCAACAACAACAACAACAACAACUACAGCAACAGCAACAGCAACAGCAAGUACAGCCACCAGGCGCGCUGACGGCGACGUUUGGCGUUCCGUUAGGUUUCGUCGGUGCCGUUCCGCCGGUGGCGGCCUUUCCAACGCCAACGCCAACGCCGCCGCCUCUGAUGGCCACAGCUUCAGCGGCGGCGGCGGCAGCGGCGUCCGCGGCAGUAACCCCCGUGGGCGCCGCCGCCAUUAUCCCUAGCGGCGGCGGGAUGUCGCCCGGAGGGCCGUCCGGCCCCUCCGGUGUCAGCAGCGGUUGGGGUCUGGGAGCUGGCGGCGGGGGACGACACCGCCUCAAGACGGCUGUGGAGAUGUUGGCGGAGGCGAAGGAGAGGCGUCAGCGGCUGGCAUUGGCCAUCCGGGGCCCUCCCACCUGCAGAAUCCUUGUAACGGGUCCUGAGGCGGUUGCUUCGUUGAUGGACGCCCUGGCCGUGUCGGAGUUUGUGUCGCUGUUUGGGCGCCUGUGUGGAGUGCCCCCCACUGUGCUGGGGCUGCCGCCGCCGCCACCGGGCGCUAGCGCCGGCACCGCCACGCAGGCGGCCGCCGCCGCCGCGGCUGUGCUGGCGGGCAUGGCCAGCGGCGGCGCGACGGCGCCGUCACCGCUGCGGUGUCUGCAGCAUGCCGCCUGUUGGCCUCUGGACAGCGGAGGUGUGCUUGAGGAGCUAUACACGACGUUGUUGAAGUUCCUCAUCUCUCAGUGGAUCCGCACGGGUGGCCCUGCAUUGGCCGGGCGGCUGAAGCGGUGGCUCCGGCUGCUGUCGGCUCCGGGCUGCUGGCCUGAGCUGCUGAGGAGGUACCUGCUGCUGUCCAGGUCCCACGUGACUCUCAGUCCUGAAGAGUUGGCGGACAAGCGGGUGGCACUGCUGCCGGACGAUACCAUGGCCGUAAAGGUGACCUCCUUAUUCCCGCCCUCCCCCCCUUUUAACCCUGGGCAGCAGCUUCACUCGUUCGUGGCCGCUCUCGUACUGCGUGACGCGCCUUUCUACGCCCAGCCCGCACACUUCCACCUAAGGCUCCUGGCCACGCUGUGUAACGACGCGGCGGGAUGCGACGGGACCCGCUCCGAAAUCAGCAACCGACAGGACGCUCUGGAGAAGCUUCAAGUUCAGAAGUACCAUGCCGAUGCUGAGGAUGAAGACGGUGGCGGCGGCGGCUACGGCGACGCGGGGGGAUUGGAGGCCCCAGCUGCGGCGGCGACGCCGCCGCUAUCGGCCGUGGCGUCGGUGCAACCGCCGCCGCCGCCGCCUGCGGUGGUACCCCCCGGGCCGCCUGGGAUUGUUGGCGGGGACGAUGAGGACGACGGCGGCGACUCAGCCGGUGACGAAGGCGAUGACUCUGCGCCAGAGGAUGGCGGGCAGGGGCGGCGCAAGCGCUCCCGGGGCGCUACGGAGGCGGAGCUCCGGGCUCGAGAGGAGGAGUGGUUCGCCCGGGAUAAUACCCACGAGGCGGAGCUCCGAAAGGUGGCGGUGCGGUUGGAGGCGAUUGGGAGCGACAGGUACCACCGGCGCUACUGGCUGAUCGGGGGAGCCGGGCCGCUGCUGUUCGUGGAGGACACCUCGCAGCCAGAACACGGCCUCGGAAUGCCGCCAGCGCAGCACGCGCAGCACGCCGCGCACAUCGCCGCGCACUACACCGCGGCGGCCGCGGCGACGGCAGCACCACACCCUCCCACCGCUGCUGUGGACGCCGCCGCCAGCGCCGCGGGAAGUAACACCCUAGGACAAGAUUCCGCGGUCGCCACCUUGACGGCAGACGGGGCCGCGGCACAGGCGCCUGUGCCCGCAGCGGCGGCGCCGGCAGGCGGUGUGGAAGAUGGAGGGACAGGGCCGGCGGCGGCUGGGGCCCCGCCGCCGGCCAUGCCUGGUCAGCAGCCCACUGUGGGCCUUGUGUCGAGUCGUGCUGAGCUGGAUGCAUUCCUUGAAGGCCUCAAUCGGCGGGGUCCCAGGGAACGGGAGCUGUUUACCGUAUUGCGGCGAAAAUACGCCCAGCUGGUGGCGGCACUUCAGCCGCCGCCGCCGCCACCGCCGCCGCCGCCACCCGAGCCGCCCACGCCUCCGACGCCGCCAACACCGCCGACGCCGUCGACGGAGACGGAAGACCUGGGACCGGCGGCGGCGCCGCAGGCCGGCAGGGCGUCCGCGGCAGCUGCCGUUGCUGCCGCCGCUGCGACGGCGGCGGCGGCAGCGGCGGCUGCCAUGGCCCGCGCGCGGGCACAGGCUCGGGCCGCCGCUACCGCUGACGACGACGACUCUGAAGCUACGGAGUCUAUGGACAUGGGCGGUGGUACGACACGCGGCGGCGUCGGCGCCACCGCCGCAGACGAUAUGGAGGUGGACUCGAAGCCGCCGCCGCCGCCAUCGAAGGCGACAGGGCCGGAUACAGCUGUCGAGUUCAAGGCCGCGCCGGCGCAAACGGCGCCAGAAGUCAUAAAGCCAGAAUCGACACAGUCGCCGACGCCGCCGACGCCGACACCGACGGAAGCAAAGGCGGAGGCAGUUGAUGCAUGCAUCGAGGGCGGCGGUGCGGCAGUGAAAGUCGAGCCAGGGGCCCCCCCCGUCGCCCCCGCCGUUGCUACUGCCACGCCUACCGCUGCUGCCACUGCCAACGGCGUGCCACACCCGGGACCACAAGAACAGCCACACGCCGCAAUCGCCACAGAAAACUCCACGCCCGGUACUGUAGUCGUAAAGAAGGAGGAAGAGGCGGCAAUGGAAAUGGAUUAUCAUCAUCAGCAGCAGCAGCAGCCUCGGGUGAACGGUCCGGUAGAAGCCCACCUGGUGCAGGAGGGCGGCGGAGGCAGCCGGUCGGGGACCAAUGGACCGACAGUAAGCAAGGAAGAAGAGGAGGGGAAGGAGGGGAAGGAAGAAGAGAAGCGUGGGGAGGGGCAGCAGCAGCAGCAGCAGCAGCAGGAGGAGGAGGAGGCGGCACAGAGGGAGGAAGAGGAGCAGGAGCAGUUGCCUCCGGUGACGACUGCUAUCUUGGAGUUGUUGGGUGGGGCCCAUGUGCCGCGAGAUAGUUUCUGGCUGCGACGAGGCCGGCGAAUAUUUCACCUUCCGGAGCCUGAUCAGGAAAUGCGGCCGAUGGAGGUUUUACAGGCGGAGCGGGUACGUUUUGUGCUGUCACGCGCGGUUUCGGAGCUGCUCGGCAUGCUGUCGGGCCUUGCGUCGGCGGGCUUUCACCUGACGGCGCCGCCGGCUGGGCCUCCCGCCGCCGCUGCUGCUCCCUCUGCGACCACCCCUACCGGUGGCGACGGCGGUGCUGCGGCUGCAGCUGUAGCUGUACCUGCGGCUGAGGCACCGGCGGCGAGUGCCGUGAGUUCAAGCCCCGACGCCACCUGUGCGCCCGACGGCGGCCCCGGCGGCGGCGGCGCCGCCGCCGCUGACGGCUUUGAGGCGUGGCGUGUUCGGUUGGCCGCGAUGGAGUUUAACGGCGACGGGUGGGCGCUUGGUCAGUUGCUGACGCAGCUAGAGGCUGCCCUGAACGUUCUGGGUGAAGGACUUCCCGUCGGCGCCGACGACGCCAACCUUGCACCCGUGGUUUCGGAGGUGGAGCUGUACGAUCCGGAGUUUAUGUUGUCCCCGCUGGACCCGUCGUACACGGAGCAGCUUGAGCGGCUGCAGCGGAAACAGCAACAGGCCGCGGAAGCGGCGGCGGCGGCGGCACCUCCGCCACCGGCGGCGGCGGCGGCAGCGGAGCAGGUGCAAGGCUCCGGCGACAGGCCGACAGCGGAGGCGGCCACGACGGUGGGCCAUUCCGCGGAGGGGACGGUGGCGGCGGCGGCGGCAGGGAGGGCGGCGGCAGCGGACGGGGGGGAGGCUGGUGAGGGUACGGAAGGCCAGCAGGGCGGCGGGGUUGCAGCGCUGCAGGGUCUUCCGGCGCCGCCACCGCAACAGACCGCAGCGGAGGUGGUGGCGGCGGCGUCCUUAACCAGCCGGGGCCGGGUGCGCAUCCCCCGCGCUCAUGUAGUAGUAGCGCCUGGCUCCUGUACGGCAUCUUUGGCACCACCGGUGGUGACGGAAGCGCCCGCCGCCGCAGUCAGCCUGGGGCCAGCCGCCGAUAGGGCCGCAGCAGCGGCAGAUGCGAUGGAUGUUGCGGAGGCGGCGGCGGAGGCGGCGGAGGCGGCGCCGGCGGCACUGAACCACCACACCAACGCUGCUGCCGCUCAGUCGGUGGCGGUGGACGAGCCGCCGUGCCAUUCCGUACAGCCUCACCGCCCGACGGCGGCCGUAACGGCGCCGCCGUCUCGCCGUCUCCUCCUUCAGGUAGCCGCGCUUGACGAGCUUGAAGACAGCGACAACGAGGAAGAGCGGCUGCGCAAUAGUACGGAUGCCGUACUAUCGGCCGGUCCCGACGGCGAGGCGGUGCUUAACCUUCGCAUCUUUUCCGCGUCCAAGGGCGCGUCCUUGUGGCGCUCUGCGCGGGAGCGCGCCGUGUGGCUGCGCGAUUUGCGGAGAGCGCUGGCGGCGGCGGGGCCGGCGGGCCCGACGGAGGCGGCGGUGUCGUACGCGGCCCAAGUGCUGGUGGAUCGCUGCACGCCGCUGAUCAAGCCAGAACGGCUCAAGUCUCUGCUGUCGGCCCGCCUGCUGACAAGCCACUCCUCAGCGGGCAUCGUCUACCUGUCCGCCGCUAGCCGAGCCCGGUGCGGAGGUGCCUGA